GAAGCUUCGCCGCGCCUUCGCCUGCGCGGUCCUCGCCGUCGUCGCCCAGGCGGCAUCGCCGAAGCGGCCCGCCACGGUCAACCUGAAGAAGCUCCCGAAGAACCGCACGUCGUCCGGGCCCACGGCCGCGAACGCGACGACCGGCGCCCUGGCCCUGUCGUCGAGCACGAAGCGCGCAUCGGCGCUGCUGGCCCUCUUCCACGCCUGCAUCUUCAUGCCCCAGGCCUGCAGCCGGGUCCUCAACGCCGUGCUCGGCGGCCGCGGCGCCGGCGUCGCGCGGCGGAGUCGCUGGACGCGCCCUUACUGGUCGUCUCCGGCUCGGAGAUGGUCAAGGGCAAGUACGCGGGCGUCGGCGUCGAGCGCGUGCGCCAGCUCUUCUCGGCCGCGCGGCGCGCGGCCGCGGCGGCGAAGCGGCGCGCGGCGCUCGUCUUCAUCGACGAGAUCGACUCCUGCGGCCGCGCGCGCGGCGGCGACAGCUCCGCCGUCGGCGCGGACCACGACAACACGCUGAACCAGCUGCUCGUGGAGCUGGACGGGUUCGGCGCGCGCGACGACGGCGCGCCGCUCGUCGUCGUCCUCGCGGCGACGAACCGCGCGACGAGCCUGGACGCGGCCCUGCUCCGCAAGGGCCGCUUCGACAAGAUCGUCGAGCUGCGCGCGCCGGACCUCGAGGGGCGGCGCAAGCUCUUCGACCACUACGUGGA